AUGCCAUCUACAGCACCAUCAACCACUGUCGCCAUAGGCAUUCACCUGGGCACCACCAACUCCUGCUUGGGCGCCUUCCAGAACGGUAAAGUGGAGAUCAUUGCCAACGAUCACAGCUACCGAGUGACACCCUCAAUGGUUGCUUUUACCGACACUAAAGUGCUUGUUGGCGACGUCGCUAAGAGCCAGGCUGUAAUGAACCUUCCCAACACCAUUUUUGACGUCAAACGCUUCAUCGGUCGCCGUUUCGAUGACCCACUGGUGCAGGCUCGUUUGAAAGACUGGCCAUUUGAGGUGAAAAAAGGUGACAAUGGAAAGCUGAUGAUCCAAGUGCAAAUCAAAGAGGAGACAGAAUGCUUCGCCCCAGAAAAUAUCACUGCAACGUUGCUGGGCAACAUGAAAAAGGCCGCUGUAGUUUAUUUUAGAACUCCUGUCAACAACGCCGUCCUCACCGUUCCCGGUAGCUUCAACGACGCCCAACGAGAGGCUACCAAAACGGCAGCCUUCCUUGCCGGACUCAAUGUGCUGCGCAUCAUCAGCGAACCAGUGGCGGCCGCCAUUGCCUAUGGUCUUGACAAGAAGAAGAGUGGCAUCCACACUGAACAGCAUGUGCUCGUCUUUCACCUGGGCGGCCGAACUCAGACCGUCUCUGUGCUCAAGCUCGAAGAUGGCGUUUUUGAGGUGAAAUCUUCCGUUGAAGGCUAUCAAGCUGGAGAUGACUUUGACAGUCGCCUGGCGGAGCACUUUGUAAAGGAGUUUAAACGCCAGCACCAGAAAGACAUCUCUACUGACAAGCGAGCUCUUCUCCGACUGCGAGCUGCCUGCGAGUGCGCCAAAAAAGUGCUUUCUUUUACCACACAAACGUCUUUUGAAAUGGAA